AUGAAUUUCAAAAGCGCUCACAUCUUUGCCGCCCUUUUUUCAGCCUUUCUUCUCUUCCUUGCCAUAGGCUAUAAUGGUUGGAAUUGCAAUGGCAGCGUAUUCAGUGGAAACUGUGGGCAAUUGGAGUACAUGCGAACUGUCGGUGGACUUCUGCUUACCGCCGGUCUCCUCAGUUGCAUAGUUGCUAUCCUCAUUAUCCUCGACCUUAUUCACUGUGGCAGCGGGCUUGAUAUUGCAGCCGCUGCUAUAGUCACCAUAUCCACCAUCUUUUCAGCAGCGGGAGUCUUCUUCUACUUCAACAAUACCCACGUCUGGUCUCCGUUCCUGGCGACAAUGGCAAUGACCAUCUCCUUUGUCCUCACCGCGCUCCUCAUCAUCGAUGCCGUAAUGGGAAACGCCAAGUCUAGUUGA